CAGAAUAAUAGGAACUCAUUACCGCGAAAACCCUAGAAAUUCUCAGAGCUCUCAAUGUCGAUGUUCCCGCCCUACCGCCUGCCGGUGGCUCCUCCUCCUCCUCAUCCGCCGCCGCCAGCGCCGCCACCGCAGAUGCCAACGUCGAUAACCAGUGUGGAGGAGCAAGCCGCUGGCCCGGCGGAGGGGACGGUGGCGACGCUGCUGGUGCGGCAUCUCCCAGAGGCGAUAACCCAUGAGAUGCUCUCUCGACUCUUCUCCCAUUAUGGGGCUUCCUCUGUUCGCCCCUGCGCUGGUGGCAGGUUGCGUAAUUGCGCGUUUGUGGAUUUUAAGGAUGAAGGUUUGGCCAGUCAAGCUCAAUCUCAAUUGAACAGGUUGAGAUUUCUUGGAAAUGUCUUGACAGUAGAGCCAGCUGGUAAAAUAAAUUUGAGGAGCACUCUUCAAGAAAAUGAAGUGAAGCAUGCAAAGGAUUUGUAUGGUCCACCUGACUCAUUGUCGAAAGACUCUGUGAACAACAUAUCAUCCCGUUUGGAGCCUAUUUCUGCAAGACUUGGUGUGGACUAUCCAUUUCCUCCACAUCUUGAGUAUGUGUAUCCCCCACCUGAUGGAAAUAUCCUGACCAACAUUGUCAAUGCCCUCAUCGCUGUUCCACAAUUUUAUACCCAGGUUUUGCAUUUAAUGAAUAAAAUGAACAUUCCUGCUCCAUUUCGCAUGGCAUUGCCUACUCCACCACUGCCGCCCUCAGUGCCUGCUCCUUCACCUCCCCCACCACCUCCCAUAACAGCAAAGCCUCAUACGGCUGAUCUAUCCAGCGAUGAAUCCGAGUUGGAGUCAUCAGAAGAUGAUGCUGAUGGUCACUGUCGAAAGCGUGCAAAACGAGAAUCCAUUGUAGGCCCUGCAGUUGAUAAAGAUGUGUCGCAUGAAGCUGUUGGCUUGAAACCUGCCACCUUGGUACCAAAAGAGGUUCCAUUGAUUAAAAAGAAAAACCCUGUGCUUCAGAUAAAAAUUUCCUCCAAGACAAAUCAAAAGGAAAGUAAAGAUAUUGAUAGUAGUGCAAAAGAACUGUUGGAGCCCAAGGAAGAGAAUGCGGAUCAGAAACCUUAUGCAACACAACAAGAAAUAAAGAGUAAGAAAUUGCCUCCAGAGGAGAUUCUGUCCUUGCCCAUGUUUAAGAAUUAUGCUGCUGGUAACCCUGCUAAUGUGUUGUACAUCAAGAACUUGGCAAAGGAUGUGGUUGUUGAUGAUUUCCACUUCAUAUUUGGGUCACUUUUUAAAAGUGCUGAGGGUGCAAGAUCCAGUUUGAGUGUUAAGUUAAUGCAGGAGGGGCGCAUGAGAGGCCAAGCUUUUGUGACAUUUCCAUCAGUAGAUCUUGCUCAUAAUGCUCUGAAUUUAGCAAAUGGUUAUGUCUUUAAAGGAAAACCAAUGAUCAUUCAAUUUGGCCGGAAUCCUUCUUCUGGUAAAACCGGUUAAGCUGGAUUCUGGACUUAAAUGUAAACAUAGAACUUAUUGCAAUGAUCCACUGGUUAGUAAUAGUUCUUCAAGCUCUCCAAUUGCCAAUGGUUCUUAGCAUCAAGUUAAUGAUUCGAAUCAGUUCACUAAAGACUACUUCAUUACAAGCUGGAAGGACAGACAUCACGAACUCGGCCUAAAUGACCGCAAUCGGGUUUGCUCAUUCUGGUUGCUGACGAAUAACUCAUAGGAACUCUUUAUGGUGAUUAUGGAUACUGCCUGGCAUUUCAAGUCAUCUUCAUGAUCAAGCUGCAUUUAUUAAGAUAUUUAUCAUUGUCUUGUGGUUGCUUGAUGUUGGAGGAAAACGCCAGAGAGUUUCAAUUUUUUAUAUGGCUACUGGCAGCCUGGCGGAGAUAUUUUCAGAUUCAUUCCAUUGUGUAUAUAUUUAGAAACAUUUUUUUUUUCAAUGUUUUGAUUUUGCUAUGCUGAUCUUGUAUGUUUGGCUUUAUAUUUUUCAGACCAUAUGUUUGUUGUUAGGUUAAUGUUUUAUAUAUAUUUUGUAUAAAGGCGAAAAGCGUCUAUUAUGAGUA